UGGCAAGGCAGUUAUCUUAACGCAGCCACAUUGCCUUGUAGCAUUCCCCGCGUUAUAUGUUUUAUAUUUUAUUGUUAACCAAGGCAUAAUAAUCUCCUUAAAGAAAAGGACCAGUCGCAUCUGAACGACACCAAAGUGAAACGAUGACAGGCUCAAAUGAGUACAAGCUAAACCAGGGACCAGAGGAUGGCAUCUCUGCUGUCAAGUUCAGCCCCAGCACAACCCAGUUCCUGCUGGUCUCUUCCUGGGACUGCACUGUCCGUCUCUAUGAUGUUUCAAGCAACACCAUGCGGAUGAAGUACCAACACACAGCUCCAGUUCUUGACUGUGCAUUUUAUGACCCAACACAUUCUUGGAGUGGAGGGUUAGAUGCACAAUUAAAAACUCAUGAUUUGAACACAGACCAAGAUACAAUUGUUGGAACACAUGAUGCCCCCAUUCGUUGUGUGGAAUACUGCCCAGAGGUUAAUGUCAUGGUAACAGGGAGCUGGGACAGAUCAGUUCGGUUGUGGGACCCAAGGACACCCUGCAAUGCUGGCACCUUUUCUCAACCUGAAAAGGUGUAUACCCUGUCUGUGGCUGGAGAUAGGCUGAUCGUUGGCACGGCAGGAAGACGUGUCCUGGUAUGGGAUUUGAGGAACAUGGGCUACGUACAGCAAAGAAGAGAGUCCAGUCUCAAGUAUCAGACUCGCUGCAUUAGAGCCUUCCCCAACAAACAGGGCUAUGUCUUGAGUUCAAUCGAGGGACGUGUAGCUGUGGAGUACCUGGACCCAAGCCAGGAGUUUCAGAAGAAGAAAUACGCUUUCAAGUGCCACAGGCUGAAGGAGGAUGGAAUUGAGCAUGUUUACCCUGUCAAUGCCAUCUCAUUUCACAGUGUUCAUAACACCUUUGCCACAGGUGGCUCAGACGGCUUCGUGAACAUCUGGGACCCGUUCAACAAGAAGCGCCUGUGUCAGUUCCACAGGUACCCGACCAGCAUCGCCUCACUGGCCUUCAAUAAUGAUGGCACCCUACUUGCAAUUGCCUCCUCCUACAUGUACGAGAAGGGAGACAUAAGCCACCCAGAGGACGCCAUCUUCAUCCGCCAAGUCACAGACGCUGAGACCAAGCCCAAGUGAGUCUCCCUCACCUCUUGUGUCCUCAGUAUUUGACGGUUUGCCACUCACUGAAUCCGUGAGCAGCUGCAUUUACAAGGAACACGUCCAGCUGCAGCAUAUGCUGAUCUAUAUCUCUGUCCGUCCACUUUUCAAUAUCCGACAGUUGAAAGAUGGAUCGAUUAAAAUCCUCCCCCAGUUUGUGUGUCUGUGCUGUCAUAAAUAUACACUCAGUGACCAGACAAAUAGAAACCUGCUGUACAUUGUAAAGCAAUCCAACACUAUAGCCCUGUGAUAAAUACUACCUUAGUGGAACUGGAAGCAUGCAUUUUUUUGACACUAAGGCAGUCAGGUGGUCAUUUUUUAGGCUGUUUGUGGUUGCUGCAUUAACUUGUGUUAUAUUGGAAUGUGUUUGUCAUACUUAGCUUCUCCAUGUUUAUCCGUGAGGUUGAGCAAAGUACUAACAGGGUGUUUUAAUAGAAGACAACUGAGUUCAGUUUGAAUUGUGUUUGUUCUUUUCUGGUCACUGCAGGUUUAGCUUAUUCUCUAAAGUCCAGUAGUACAUAUGUAGUUUAGGCUCAGUGUGAUGAAACAAGCAUUUAAAAGGACAAUUUAUCAGGUACAGCUGCAGCUAAUGAUUUUGAUGUUUUCUGUAUUUCAGUCAAUGUAACAUUGGUUCAUAAGAACUCUAGUGUGUCGGAGUUGGUAGUUAUACCCACACUCUCUAUCCUUGCAUUGUUCUUACCU